CUUUCCAAACCCAGAAUUUGAAGUGGCCUCAGGUGCGGCCUUGCCUGAAUCUUGAGCUUUUCUCCUUGUUUAGACAGAUCUGCAGUUCAAUGGGAACCUUUAUAGGUCAUGUCUAUCCAGGGCUUUUUCUGUUCUUAUAUGGACUGUAUCAGGCAAUAGUGGUCUCCAAAGCUGUAAUAUUCAAUGACUCUCUCCUGUAUCCUUUGUGCUCUACCAGGAAUAAGGGAAGAUGGGCCAGGAUGUGGAAUAUAUCCUAUGGAGGUUUGUUGAAGAUGGUGGCUGGCUCCCUCUUGAUAGCUUAUGAGAUCAGCUGCAUUAAAGGAGGCCUAAUACUGAUGAACAGGGAGCUGCCACCAAGGUUUAUGUAUCCCAAAGAGUGGCAGCACCUCACCAUGUUCACGCUCCUCGCCCUCAAUGGCUGUGUAGACUUCAUGAGCAGGAACGUUCUCCCUCAGCGGUGUGUGGUCCUAGAAAAAGGAACCCUGGUCCUGAGCUUCUACGAGCUCCUGCUGCUGAUGGUGUCACAUGUUAAGGACUCGGAAGGGGUGGAGCUGCAAGUGCACUCUCUGCUCAUCCUGGUGGUGUUCCUGCUGAUGCUGGUGCUGACCGCAGAGCUGUGGGCCCCCGACAUGUCUCAGCUCUGGGUGAUGGAGACCUUCCUGUUUCUGAUGAUGGGGUCCUGGCUGAUGCAGGCGGGCUUUAUUCUAUUCAGACCAGUCUCCGGCUACCCAUGGCAGGACGAUGACAUGAGUGACAUCAUGUUUAUCACCACUUUCUUCUGCUGGCAUUUGAUGAUCAAUGGCUCAUGCCUCUUGGGAAUCCAUGGCGUCUCCUUUUUUUGGCAUCGUUGUUACAGUCCUAGGUUGAAGCUGAUGACGUCCAAAGAAGCUCCAUAUCACACAAGCACUCCAGGACCCCUCUACAAGUUGCUGCAGGAAGCGGAGCAGUCAGAGAAAGAUGACCAGGCUCUCCUCCUUUCACAGAGCUCCCCCUGAGCCAGGGCCUACACUGCCCGCACAUAGUGUACCCCAUCUUCCCCAGUGAAGGUAAUGGCCCUAAGGACAGCAGUUGGUCCCCAUCUGCUUGUGCACUUCCUGUUCCUGAGUGUCUAAUUGCUGAGGAGUUGAGGAGAAAGGUGCCUGAGAAAGAGCUGCUGAUUGGAUUUGGGGGGAGGGAGGGAAGAGGACCAGAGGUAAAGAUUAACGUGCAAGAAAAGGCAUGGGAGGGAAGAAGGGAAGAGAAGGAAGGGCUUUUGGGGGGAAGAGCAGAGUCAAGCAAUCAUGCUGUCACCAGCUGCUUCUGCAGGCACAAGGGAUUGCCUUUUACCUGAAGGAAUAAAGAUUUCUCACAAUUCAAAACUGAAA